CCGUGGUGCGAAUUGUUAUAAUUGUUUUAUCUAUGAUUGCUUCCCUUUUUUAUAUUUACACCAUUUUCUCUGCACCGUUUGGCAGUGAGUUGGGUUUGUGGAGAGGAGAUUUCUAAGAAGUUUUUAAUGGUCUAGAACAAUGACUCAGCAUGAUAGUGGACAUAAGGAGAUAUUGAGAGAUGAAAAAGGGCAACAGACUGAAGUUUUCAUCUAUCGUGACAUUAUACUCCCUGGCUCAUUUCCAGACUGGUUUGAUCCGGUGCAGAAGCUAAAAUCCAUCAAAGAUUUUCCAUUUAGACAAGGCGAUGUUCUACAAUGUGCAUUUCCAAAAUCAGGAAAUCAUUGGUUGACAAAUAUUUUGACUUUUAUGAUGUCAAAUAAGCCUCUGGAGAUGGUAUCUUCUGUAAAUCCCAGCCUUAUAGAGUUAUCAAGUCCUACAGAACGACUCAAUGCCAAACCAAGUCCUAGAGUUAUAGCAUCUCAUUUAAAAUUUGAAUAUCUACCAGACGACCAUUUUAAAAAGGCAGGGAAAGUUAUUUUGAUUGUCAGAAAUCCAAAAGAUGUUGCGGUUUCAUUUUAUCACCACGGAUACAAGGACACAAGACUGAAUAUACGUUUAUCAUGGGAAACCUAUCUGAAGUAUUUUUGUGAAGGAAAAAUACCUUUUGGAUCCUACUUUGAUUAUCUCAAUCAUUGGCAAGAAGUUUUGGAGCAAAGAAAAGAUUUGAAUAUUCAUGUUGUUUACUAUGAAGACUUACAACAGAAAACUCUUCAUGAGUGUAAAAGGUUACAGAAAUAUCUGGGAGUGUACAAUACUGACGAACGUUUGCAACGGAUCAUUUCAAGAUGCUCGUUUUCGUCUCUGAAAUCGGACGUAGACAGUGGAAAAGUGAAGACUAUCAUGCGAGACAGAAACAAUAAACCAUAUCUUUACAGGAAAGGUGAAAUUGGCGACUGGCAGAACCAUUUUACUGUUGCCCAAAAUGAAAGCUUUGAAGAAAUCAUCCAGGCAAAAUUGAAGGAUAGUAUAUUUAAGUUUCAAUACACUUCAGUUAUUCCACAAUCUCGACUGUGAUAGUACAAUGUUUUUGUUAUUGUUUUUUGUGCCAACCUUUAAAAGUGGAAGAAUACUGUGUGCAAUCUGGUCAGUC